AUGAGUAUGGGAGGAAUAGAGAGAAGUGGUGGUGACAUUGGUUGGACGUGGUCGGGCCAAGUCGAACAAGGUCGCUCGCGAAAUAAUUGCGGCUUGAAGCUUGCCUGCCAACCUGCCCCGCAGUCGUCUCAUCUCCUGCCACACAACCUGCAUUCCAUCUACCCCGCUCUGCAUCUCCGAGGGCCAGCUUUCAGCACAUCACUCUGUGCGCCAUGGCAAUGGCGCAUGUCCUCCAGAUCUUUUUUGUCAUCUUUCGCACAUAUGGAGAUCAACGUGUCUAUAUGCCAACGUCGGUGGAUCGUACAACUUGGCGACUACCUAUUUGCGAGCCAGACGGUGGAGCUCCGAACGUGGUUCAGCUCCUUCCCCACGGUACGAGAUGACAAGAGCUUUGGAAUGAUGGCCUACUGGGACAAUCCAUUCCACAACUACAACUACUCCUACGUCAAUGUCGCCGUUGAUCACAUGGAAAAGUCAUGUAAAUGUUACGCCAGUCAACGCUCUCAGAGCCUAGGAAAUGGUAUGAUAAUGCAGUCCACAAUCCAUUGCGUCCGAGCGCCUGACCCACCGUAG